GGUAGAGCGAAAACCCACAGACACUCUGCCUUCCUUGGAAUGAGUUUUACAUGGGGAUAGGUUAAAUUCGUGAUUUGACUUCUGUGCUGGUUAUUUCGCCUAUGGUGACUGGCCUCAAGUUAUUGAUGAUAGAAACCUGAGAAAUGAAAUUUGAAUUGUAUUUUCUUUUGAUCGUGGUCAUAAUGUCAAUAGUCUAGUGAAAUGGUGCUUUCACGACAACUGGCAACUCGGGGGCAAAAACGAUUUCCGAGUUCAGCUGAUUUUUGAACCCGACAAACGUUCAGACUUCGGUCAAUGACGCACAGACAGGAGCGCACUUUGAAACUGCAUGACUCGAGUAACCAUGCAGACAAUUGACGUUCUGAAACAGGCCCUCUCCAGCCUGGAUCCUACCCAGCAGCAGCAGCUAUUGGUGGCCGGGUCUGCGGUGGCCGUGGGCGGGCUGCUGACCUGUUAUUACUGGGUGUAUCAAGGCACGAAGACCAAGUGCAUUCCAAUAGGGGAUGGGUGGUGGGGGGCAGGAGAGAAGCCUCAGUCAGAGGAUGAGAAGGUUUUCCCCUUUCAGGUCCAGACUUCCGAUGAAGAGAUACAGGACUUGUAUGACCGUAUUGACAGGACUCGGUACACUGAACCACUGGAGGACACGGGCUUCCAGUACGGCUUUAACUCUACUUACCUGAAGAAGGUGGUCUCCCACUGGAGGCAUCAAUUUAACUGGAAGAAGCAGAUUGCAAUACUCAACAAGUAUCCUCAAUUCAAAACCAAUAUCGAGGGAUUGGAUGUACACUUCAUCCAUGUGCGUCCACCUCAUCGUGAGGGCCAGAGGGUGUUGCCUCUAAUGCUGGUGCAUGGCUGGCCUGGCUCUGUCUAUGAGUUCUAUAGGAUCCUGCCCUUACUCACUAACUCGCUGGACAGUCUGGCUUUCGAAGUCAUCUGCCCCUCCAUCCCAGGAUAUGGCUUCUCCGAGGCCCCUCAUAAGCAAGGGUUUAACUCUCUGGCUGCAGCGAGGGUCUUCCACAAGCUGAUGGAGCGUCUGGGUUUCUCAGACUAUUAUCUGCAGGGAGGAGACUGGGGCGCAAUCAUCACUACUAACAUGGCCCAGAUGAAGCCAGAGUGUGUGAAGGGUCUCCACCUCAACAUGUUAACUAACAAAAUGAGGGGGUUCGGUGUCCUGUUUUCAAUCCUGAUUGGCCGCUACCUGCCCUGGCUGGUUGGGUUCACCCGGGAGGAUGUCAGGAGGUUGUUUGGUUCAGUAGGUUUCAUGGAAAGGAACUUCUAUGAGAUCAUCAGAGAGACUGGCUACCUGCACAUCCAGGGCACCAAACCAGACUCCGCUGGUUGUGGAGUGAAUGACUCCCCAGUAGGCCUGGCUGCUUACAUACUGGAGAAGUUCUCCACCUGGACUGACUUCAACAACAGGGACUUGGAAGAUGGGGGGCUGGAGAGGAAGUUCACCCUGGACGACCUGCUGACCAACAUCAUGAUCUACUGGACCACCGGCUCCAUCGUGUCCUCCAUGAGGUUCUACAAGGAGAACUUAAAGACCAACAUUGACAACAGACUGGAUAAUCACAUGGGGGUGUAUGUGCCUACAGGUCUGGCGGCGUUCCCCAACGAGGUAAGGCACGUGCCCCAGUCUUGGGCCAGAGACAGGUUCAGGAACAUCUACUCCUACUCUUACAUGCCCCGAGGAGGCCACUUCGCUGCCUUCGAGGAGCCACAGCUCCUGGCUGACGACCUGCUGCAGUUUGUGAAGAAGGUGGAGAAGUUGUAGAGUUGAUGGAUACAAGAGGUCGACUCUCCCCUCCUGCCAAGUGACUGGAAGAAAAACCAGCAGGACUGCAGAACGUGAUGACACUACAGCUUGGAAUUGUAGCUUUGUACUAAAAACAUUUAAAUGUUAAUCGAAGAUUAAUAAUCAGAAGCACUGUCUGAUUAUCAGGUAAAUACUGGGUCAAUCAUUGAUGUUAACACUGCAAUAUGAGCAUGCUCAGUGAUUGAGUUGGCAUAAUAUUAAGACUAUACAGUCAACAUAAUGGACCUAUACUGUAAUAAUGAAAUGAUCAGCACUUCACUACAGAUGUCUUGAAAUUCAGAUAACAAAUGUCUUACAGAUUGCAAAAAAAAAAAACUGAAAGCAGCCUCAAUCACAGAUGUCUGUUAUUUUCUUGUUGCAAUAAUGAAAUACUGCUAUAGUAUACUACUGCUGUCCUGAUAUAGCAUACUAUACUACUGCUGUAAUCAUGUCUAUUGUGACGACCCUGUAAGGCAGGGAUGUCAAACUCAGUCCACAGAGGGCCAAGUGUCUGUGGGUUUUUCCUUUCAAUUAAGACCAAGACAACCAGGUGAGAGGAGUUCCUUACUAAUUAGUGACCUUCAUUAAUCAAGGGAGGAGUUUGACAGGUGCUGUAAUGUCUUCCUGAUCAGUCUAAUAUUUGUGGGGCUGGUUCACAGGAGUGACCUGGACACAGCUUAAGUUCACAAGGGAGUAGCGACAACACCUGUAGACACUCAGCCCUCCGUGGAACAAGUUUGACACUUCCUGUUUAGUGUCUGAUAUUUGUGGGGCUGGUUCCCAGGAGUGACCUGGACACAGCUUGAGUUUAGUCCUGGACUAAAAAUAUAUUUCAAUGGUAGUGUUCCAUUGAGCAUGGUUUUUAGUCUCGGUCAAGAUUAAGCCUAAUCUAUGUCCCGGAAACCAUGAUGACUGUUCUGUGGACCCCAGGAAGACCAGCAGUCACCAAGCGGUCAGCUUAUGAGGAUCCAAAUAAACAAAUUAAAUUAACAUCCACAAGUCAAUAACUCACAAGAUGUUGAACACAAGAUUAAACCUUUGUAUGCUGCAAAAUGUGUAUAAUUCAAAUGAACUAUGUAAUUUAGUGAUUCAGUUUAGACUGACAACCAGUACAUUCACAUUUUAAAAUAAAUAGCAAAGGAUAUUUACAAGCAAAUAGGCAGGAUUUGAUCAGUAAGGUGGCUGUCAAUGACUUUCAGUUCAUCCCAGCUUUCUCCUAGAUCAGCACUCCUACUCUGAGAAACGUUAUGAUCAUGGCCUCCUGUCAUCUCAUACUAUGGCUGUGGUUGGGAAUAUUUUCAUUGUCACUUGCUGAAGCCUUUGAUAGCCAUGGGGGUCCUGAAACCACACAACCCUGCCAGUCCGUCUGCCCUCCUCCCAGAGAGGGCCCAGACCUAGAGACACGAGACAGAGCACGAUAACGUGUCUCUUCACCCGCGUGGGGAACUUAACAUCCAGUUUGGGUCGGAAGCACCCCACAGUCCCUAUGGGCCAGAUCCAUGGCCCUGUGCCGGACAGAUUUAGCGUCAGACAAAUCAAGUUCCCUUGUUUUUUGGCCGACGUUUACUGACCCCGGUCCUAUUAGACAAGUGUCGUACAUUAACUAAAACAUUUACCUUUGUAAAGAAUUGCUAUUUUCUUAUGCAAGUGAUCAGCCUACUGCUAAAUACAUGGCUACAACUCACAGUAAAGCCUGUGGGGUCCCCUACAGGAUAGCUCCCACAUUACACACUGCCAAACCAGCGCACACACCAAAUUUCCCCCUUUAGCUGAACAUUGUGUGACGGCGGGAUUCUAGAGUGACGGACGGCCCAGCUGAGCCAAUGGCGGAAGACUACAGACUACACCCCAGCUGAACCAAUCCAAAGAUCCGAUCUCCCAGGAUCAACCUACUUUCUGUUUUGUAUAAAUUGUAUUGUAACGGUUCACUCUUUCUCUUUUCCUGCUGUUCUGUGCGAGCGAAUGGGAGAGCCGUAUUUACGUGUACCAGAUAUUCUCACUCUGAAUAAACUGUCGCUUGUCGUACACAUUUUA